AUGACAACCAUGGGAUUCGCGUUCUGUGGAGUUUCAUUCGGCACCAUGGCACUGAUAAGCGUAGAUCGGUACUUGGCUCUUCUUUAUCAUUUGGAGUACAGGUCUAGAGUGACAACAUAUCGUGUUGUAAUCACAAUGUCUUUUGUUUGGUUCCUUCACUUUAUUUUGCUGAACAGAUUUUGGGUACCACCUAAAUAUAUUUACAUCGGCUUUGCUCUUCUACUCAUAUAUAUCACAGUGGCUACCGUGUCUUACCUUCAGAUUUAUCGAAUAGUACGACGGCAUCAGUUGCAGAUUCAGAAUCAAAAUCAGGCCGUGCUAAGUCGAUCCAAUUCCCUGUCUCAAAAGCGUUCUGCUACGAAUACUCUGGUGUUUUACGUCAGUGCGGUCAUUUGUUACUUUCCUUGGUGUGUUUAUCGUAUUGCCCAUGGAGAUAUCUUCGUUGCAAAUAUAAACACAGCGUGGAUCUUUACAACCAGCCUGGUUUUUGCAAAUUCGGCCAUUAAUCCGUUUUUAUACGGUUGGCGUCUUCGUGAACUUCGGAAUGAAGUUAAAAAGACUAUGAAGAAAACUUUGCGUAUAAGUCAAACUGAGCAAACGUAGACUUCUUGUUCUUUCAUUCCAUUUUAUAAAGAAAGUAUUAAGUUACCGUUAUUUUUCAAUUCUGUUUUAAAUCAUCGUAAGUGAAACUUGUGAUGUGAUUUUGUCAAAUCGACAAAAUAUUACAUGCUAUUUUAUGCCAUUAAAUUUGCUUCAGCCUGAUAUUCACCGAGGCAUUUUACUGACAGAGGCUUACUGUAACGUUGUACACUAUUUGUAAUUGAUGUGGUUAGGAAGGAUUUGAAUUCUCGUAAGGUUUAUAGGUUCGUAAUAUGAAUAAAAUAUAUCAUUAAUUGCUAUCUAAAUGCAUAAAAGUAAAUGUGAAUUAAUUUUAAUUUCCGGUAGCGAAGUUUCCUGUGGAAGAAUAAGCGUUCCACCGAAGAAUAACCUGGAAAGUAAAAAUUAAGUUUUGCGUUAUAAACUUAUGUUUUGUAAGCUAAACGUUUAUGCCUGGGGGUAUUAAGCAAUUUUGACGCCUUCAGUUCCAAAGUGACCAACAUCAUUUUUCCCCUAACAGUAUAAAUACAUAAUAAUAAAACAAAAGGUUACGCGAAUUAACUUGAAAAUGAUCACCGAAGGGAAAAUACCUGCCUAUUUUUAAUAACUUCUCUUAACUCCAAAUAAUUCUUGAAGGCAAGUCUGAAGAAUUUGCAUGAGGAAAUAAAACGUAGCCAGCAAACAAAAGACUUAAGAAAGAGUUCAACUCCCACAGGGUUUGUUUAAAACACCCAACACGGCAGCCGUUUCAUUGUUUUGAAAAACCAAUAUGGCCGCCGUGACGUCAUGUGAAAACGUUCUAUUAAGGCUAAGACGCAGGGUUAAAUUGGGUGCCUGCUCAGGAGUUUAAUCGGACUGAUCUUACUUUAAGUAAAUGCUUAUCUGGCGAAACACCUGACAAACAGUCCGGGUUGGAGCUAGUGUUAACCCGAAUUCACGUGUAGGGGCAACAGUUGUGAAUUACAACUAAAGAUGUAGAAAAAGCCUUAGAAUUUCAAUAAAAUUUGCCUUCGAAAAGGAACGUUAAGUACUGUUUAAAAAGAGAAUAGGAGUGAAUUAUCAGGUUUAAAAACCCUAGGCUUCGCCUUAAGUUUUUAAACCCGAUAAUACACCGACUGCGAGUUUUUUUGAACGGCUUCAAAAUCUCUGAUAUAAAUCAACUCAUUCUUGUACUAAUAUAGGUUUGGGGUUAUUUUGGACAAAAAAAUAAAUGGACGCAAAGUACAGUCGUAUCUUUACCAGAUAUAAAGACACUCGUUAAACAUAUGCUUGCUUUGCUUUACCCCGGAGACACGACGGUUUCCUUGUAAAUGUUAAUUAUUUAGAAUUGGAACAAUUAAUCCAGAAAUCUCUAACUUAACUGUCACUUUUAUAUUUGCAUUAGACUACGAGUAGUCCCCUAUUUUUCCUCAGGGAUAGUAGAGCGAGCGAAACGCGAUCGCGCGUGAAAAUCACCCCACGCGAGAAAAAGCGACACGCGGCGGCGAGAGAGAAAAACACGCGCUCUCGCGUUUCGCACGCUCUACUAUAUUUGCAUAAACCUCAAUUAUCAGAUGAAAAGAACACAAUGGACAGGGCGCCCAAUUCAAUAACCAGUGACAUGCUUUAUAGUAUUUGUAACUACAAUUAUAACAUCACUGAAUAAUUAUGAGAAAUGGAUAAUUUUUUUGAAAACUACUUUGAGAGUAAUCUUUCGUCGCUUCACUUGCAUCAGAUAAAAGCAUUUCUCAGAGAUACUAGCCUAUUUUUGGCUGCUCUGUAAUUCGAGAUAAAAAAAAGUUUUAUGUAUGUAUGUAUGUAUGUAUGUGUAUGUAUGUAUGUAUGUUACAGAUGGCAAAUCGCUUACCCCCAAAAAACCAUACAAAUGGCAAAUUAAAGACGCAAUGAUCUAUGUUCUAACGCUUAUCCAUUUAACACGGCAUCAUGAAUUUCACUAGAGCGGGCGAUUGGAACAGCUCGGAUCAAACACACGCGACGAUUGUCUUAGUAAACUGUGCGCUUAAUGCGCCACUAAUACUCCUUUCCACUGCUGGCAAUGUGUUAGUGCUGGUGGCUUUAUCGAAAACGUCUUANUUCCUUGUAAAUGUUAAUUAUUUAGAAUCGGAACAAUUAAUCAAGAAAUCUCUCACUUAACUGUCACUUUUGUAUUUGCCUAAAACUCAAUUAUCAGUGAAAGAACUCAUUGGACAGGGCACCCAAUUCGAUAACCAGUUAUAUACGUUGUAGUAUUUAUAACUUCAAUUAUAACAUCACUGAAUAAUUAUGAGAAAUCGAAAAUUUUUUUGAAAAUUACUUUCGUCGCUUCUAUUGCAUCAGAUAAUAGCUUGUUUAACGGAUGGCAAAUCGCGUACCCCCCCAAAAACCAUAUAAAUGGCAAAUUAAAGACGUAAUGAUCUAUGUUCUAACGCUUAUCCAUUUAACACGGCAUCUUGAAUUUCACUGGAGGAGGCGAUUGGAACAGCUCGGAUCAAACACACGCGACGAUUGUCUUAGUAAACUGUGCGCUUAAUGCGCCACUAAUACUCCUUUCCACUGCUGGCAAUGUGUUAGUGCUGGUGGCUUUAUCGAAAACGUCUUACGUUCACUCAACUUCGGUAAUCAUGCUGGCAAGCCUUGCGUUUUCGGAUCUUCUCGUUGGUCUUCUAGCUCAACCACUUUUUAUUGUGGACGAACUUAAAAGCUUAACAACGCAAGACCCUAUACUUUACCGUCUGUCAGCAAUGAUAGGGUUUUUCGUCGGUGGAGUGUCUCUUGGAACAAUAACAGCCAUUAGUGUGGAUCGCUUCAUGUCUCUUCACUACCACAUGCGAUACGCCAUCAUAGUGACCAACACUCGAGUCAAAUACACCGUAGGAGCAAUCUGGCUGGCCAUUUUCCUCUCUUUAAUAUUUUAUCUUUGGAACAAGUACAUUUUUCACCUUCUUGGAGGUGUCUUUUCCGCUGUAUGUAUUAUAAUUAGCACAAUAUCUUACGUAAAAAUUUAUCAAAUUGUUCGUUAUCAUCAGUCUCAAAUUCACAUUCAGCAUCACACUGUAGGAAACACAAAAUUUGAAAGCAAAAUGCGCCUCGCGCGAUUGAAGCAAAGUGCAAUGAACACGUUUAUAUUUUACAUUUGUAUGAUCUUCUGUUAUUUUCCACAUUUUGUUUUACUGAUAAUAUUUGGAACACUGCACAUAGAAUGGACACCAGAAUGGACCUUUUCUACUACGGCUGUUUUUAUGAACUCAUCCAUCAACCCGAUCUUGUAUUGCUGGCGGCUUUGUGGGCUUAGAAAAGAAAUUCUAGCAAUUAUAAAGGCGAUAAAGCUAUUACCAUCUAUUUAACCCAAUGCAAGCUACUGAAACAAAUAUAAAACUUGCAUAUCCAUCUUCGUAAUUUCGAUGCAUUGGAAGUGGGAGUAUAAACUGUUGAAUUAAGCAUAUGGUAUUGUUGUAUAAAUAUUUGACUAAUGGUUUUUUAAAAUAGAAACCUUUUAGAGGAACGGGUAUAUAAGACUCCAAGGGCAUAAGGAAUUCUGUUAACAAUUCUGUUAACAAUAAUAUAAUGGAGCGGCUUUACUUAGAAACUGGAGCGCUCACUCUAAAAUACAAGCAACGCGAGCUCAGAAUUUUAAAAUAGAAAAUCGAGAACUCGAACCGCUCUCUUAAAAGUUUAUUCAUUGCUCUUCUUUUGCUCUUCUUUUUCAUUCUUCAGUUAACUGCCUUUAACUGUCUUUAAUAGUAUCUUAUGUUAAGGUUUGUGAUGUUAGAGAGUGAAAUACAGUUUAUGCACACCAACAUGUGCAGAACAUGCAGAAUAAUGAAUAAAUAUAAUUAAGAUGUCAAACACGACCACUUUAUAAGUGCGCAGCUAUUAACAAGCACCAAUGGUGAAAAUCCAAGAACUUCAUUCCUUAUAUUAGGAAUUAGAAACACAGGAUAAGUAUAAAGCCAAAAUCCAAAAACAGAAAUCCCAGAUGGAGAAUAAUGAUCACAACUGAAUACGUGAAGGAUAGAACGGAUAGGAUUUCAGGCAAAAUUGAAUGCGUCGAAAUAGGAAGGCGAAGUAAUUAUAACACCUGCUUGCUUUCACGCAAUCAUUCUAAACGGGUCAUUUGUCUCCGUCAUUAAAUUUGUUGAAUUUUACAUGAUGUACUUCUGCAUAGUGCUUUGAAAAAGUUUAUUACAACCAAAAGAUUAUCAUAAAGAUACGGCAAAACGGCAACAAAUAGGCGCACUGUUUUGGAACAUUCCCGCAAAAAAAGUUGAACAGCGAUGUUGCUUGUUUUUUUACCUAUGAUUUGUUGCAAAACAGGCUUGAACAUGGAUGAUACAUACAUACAUACGUAUACUUUAUUUAUGCUCGAAAUUUACAGAGUUGUUGCAGAGCUAUUAUAUUAUAUUCGAGAAAAUAUGUUAAAAUAAAAUAAAAUAUGCUAUAUUACAAUUCCAAUAUUAUUUAUAAACUAUAUACAACAUUAUGCAUGCAGAGAGAGAUAUAACUUGUAAAUCUACUGUGGAAAAGCUUCAUAUCUGAGGAUCUCCUGCUUGAAUACUAGAAAAUUUAAUGUUUUGUAAGUGUCUGGGAGAGAGUUCCAUAUUUUGCUAGCUAAGUAUGAAAAAGGGUGCAGGCCGUAAGUCCUAGUUUUUGGGUUGGGAAGGGCCAGGAUAUGAUUUCCGCGCAAAUCGUAGGAUAAUUUAAAUAACCUGGAUAAAACGCGCAACAUCGCUUUUCAACUCGUUUUGCAAAACAAGUUGGACUGGACUAGGGCAGGCGGAUUUGGGAUCGUUAUACGUUUCUGGGAAACUGCCCACCUACCCCACCCCUAAGCCAACAUUAUCAUAUAUUUGUUAUUGUUUGCCUUCCGCCCUUCUUUUCCCCGCAAGGUUUUUUUUGUUCCGAACGGAAUAUUCAUCGCACGACGUCUCUUCGUCACUGGAUUUAUCAAAAGACUCUCACAUCGGUGAUAAAUAUAAGCAGAAUCACAUUCACAGUCCUCAUAUCUAGUAUUAUUGUCAAAAAGGUCCUCUUCAGGUCUUGCAUCAAAUUCAGAGAAGGUAAUGAUAACAGAAACGGAAUUUAUUCAUCUCCUACGGAGGUGAUUUCCGACGCCAUUUUGUUUGUUUACCUUUGCGUGGUGCCCUCGCAAAAAAUGCAGGCGCUUGUCACACGAGAUGGCACAAUUUGUACUAGAAAUAGCGCAUUUGGCUAUUUCGAUGGAACCAACCCUAUUACUGGAAAUGGUCUCCAGUUACGGUCUCCUACCCCGAAUAUGGCUCCUGAUGGUAUAUGA